CUCAUAGCCAUUAGCCCACUUUUAUUGCAAACCUAGCACUUCUUUACAAUGCAACUGAACUUUGCCCUAGCCCUUUUUCUUGUUCUUAUUAUUGCAGUUACUAUUCUGGCGGUCCUUUUUACCAAGGAGCUCAUUAUCGUCACAGGAAUCGCUGCAGCAGGCUACACCGUCUACACAUUUGUCAUCCCCAAUAUCGGUCCACUCAUUACAUACAUCAGCAGAACCACGCUCCAUCUAGAGAUCUAUCGUCCAAACAAGCCGGCCCAAAAGAUAUCCGGGACUGAACUGGCCAAAGUGUUUGGAACGUCUAGCGACUCGCUGCCAAAGAUCAUGGUUGAUGGAUAUGAGCUGAUGGACAAUGUGCCUGUCUCGCAUGUUCUCAGGCCCGGAGCCAGCCUGGGAGUCACCUUUGACAACUAGCUUUUCCUAUGUGCCCAAUACAGAGCUGCUCCACAUAUCAACUCACCACUGGCAUAUAUAUAGGAAGUAUAUAUACACUAUGCAUGCGAAUUACAAACAGAAUUGGCCAUCAAUUUGUUGGUACACCAUUCUGAUAUAAGAGCUGACUAUCACCAGAUAGCCUUGGUUUCAUUAAACAUGCC